AUGGCCCAAACUGGUAAUUAAGAAGAAUUACAAAAAAUGAAAAUCGAACAAAGAUAACAAGCUAUCUAUUAAAGAAUGGAAAACCUAGAGAAAUUCAAAUACUGUGUAAUUGACCAUAACUUUAAUUUUGAAAAUUAAGAAAUUGAUUGUAGAGUACUUUUUUCUUUAUUAUGGAGCGACAAAAGACCUUACUAAGGUCACAAUGAUUUCAUAGAAUACAUCAAAAAAGGACUUUUUACAGAUUUUGAUUAUACUGCGACUCCUUUCGAACCUCCCAUACCCGAAUAUUUUACAGAUUUAAACUAAACAGAAUUUAAUAUACUAAACUUUUGUGAAACAAGUGAAAGGACUUUAGCUUUUAUACACCCUCUCCCGAAAUCAAACAUUCCUUUAAUGCCUAAAUAAGCCAAUAUAAAAGAAGUUAUUAAAGUUUCUUUUAUAUCUAAUAAUACAAUUAUUUUAAAUAAUGAAGUCUAUACAAGUGGAGUUCCUAAAGGAGAAACAUUUUUGGUGAGAAUAAGAUAAAUAUUUUAAAAAUACAUGGGUUUCUGGGUAAAUAUAAACUAGUACAAUUGA